AAAGCUGUGUCGUGACUGGCUCGUCCCCCUGUAUUCUGUUCGCUGAUUGGUUGAGCGGCGCUCGCACGGCUUUCCAUUUCCGCUGGAUUUCUCCUUCUGACCUUCUGUCAGCACAGCGCACGGUGACCGCUCGGUGGAACCAUGGUGGCAUACUGGAGACAGGCCGGCCUCAGCUACAUCCGCUACUCUCAGAUCUGUGCUCAGGCUGUGAGGGCGGCACUGAAGCCCCAGUUCAAGGCAGAAGCAGAUAAGGUAGCGGCUACCAAUGUGAGGGUCUUCAAACCGAAGAAAGACUGAUCAAUGCUGAACACUAGAACCUCCUGAUAGAAUGGAUUAUCCUUUGGUUGUUUCCUGAAUACGUCUACAUCUGUAAAAUGUGUUUCUAAUUUAAACCAUAAGACCAAAUAAAACUGGGAUUGUUUUAUUUGUAAA